UGAAAAUUAAAUUACAGAGAACUAAAUUGGUUUAUGCGUGCAUAUUUCAUAACUGAAUUGGGAUUGAAACGGUUGUAUUCCUAAAACAUGUCAAUUGAACCAAGUGUCCCUUUGCCUUUAGAUCCUCCUCCUCCACCAGAAGCUGAUGAGAAACGACUUUGGAUUGGAAAUAUUGAUAGUCGGUUGACAGAAUAUAACUUACUGAAAAUGGUUCAACAGUUUGGAGAGAUAAAAAAGUUUGAUUUUUUGUUCCACAAAUCUGGGCCUUUGAAAGGCAUGCCAAGAGGGUAUUGUUUUGUAACAUAUGAAACCAGAGAACAAGCAGAGAAGGCUCUGGCAGCACUCCAUGGUAAACGUGUUUUGGAUAAAGAUUUAGCUGUUAAAUGGUCUCAUUCUGUUUCAGAUGAUGUAUCCACCAGAGAGAAAGUUGAGCGAAAGAUAGUGGGAAUGACUGCAGAUGAGGCCAAGCUCACCAAAGACACUUUACAUCAGAUAAUGGCAAUUGAAGAAAAACUGAAAGCCAUGGCUGAGCAGCGUGACAAAGAGUUGGAACUCUGUCUUACCUCCUUCCCAACAUCUGCUAGCAACCCAUUAGUACUAAGUACCAAAAAUAGUUCUGUGUUCUGUCAUAAAACGCGAAACGGUCCUUACAAUCGGGACCGGAAGCACUCUAGACCACAUAAAAGAUGAUGAUGUUUGUAUGAGCUUCCUAUUAUUUAUUUUAAUGUGGAAAACUUAUGUUACUGUAAUGUAUGUAAAUGUGUAUAAAUCUUAUGGGGGGGUUUUUCUUCUAUUUUAUGUGUUCAUUUUACGUUUUGCCUCAGCUGAAUCUUGCCCUACAGAUUAAUUUUUUAUAUAUUGGCAUUAAAUUAAAUAUAAUGGCAUUUCAAAAUAUUGUCAUCUCAAAACAACAGUGGGAUCUCUUGCUGUUAUUUCUGGAUUUAGAUGUCUUAUUGUUGCUCUGAGGCGACGAUAUGGAGAAUCUUACCUUUAA